AGGAACGUGGCUCGAUGUUGGACGUAUGAGACGGCCAUUUUGGUGGGAAAGAAGGAUGAGAUACCCGACGAGAUACCCAAUAAUACGGGUAAUUUUUGGGUUUUUGGGGUUAUUUUGUUAUUGUUUUUAUUAUUUUUGUUGUUUUUAUUGUUUUUGUUGUUAUUUGUGUGUAUUUUUGCAGAGUAUCUUCAGUUUUUCGCACCUGAAUUUACGUUGAAGCCGGUUUUGGCGAAGAGGCAGGAAAAUCAAAAUACGAAGGAGUAUAUAACAGCUCUAAAGCAAGAGGUGCUUGACCAUCUUCGCCAAAUACGCCACGCCCCCUCGGUGCAGAUGCAGGAGGUACCGCCCGAUUUGAUUGAUAAAGACGAGAUAUUUUUAAUCGAAGAACCAGGGCCGGACGUGCUGCCGGAGGAUAUUGAUCCGGAGGGUAUGGGCAUGUGUUCUUUUACUGCUACAUCGAUUAAUUCUGAUGAGGAGAAUAUGACGCCGUGA